GAGGAGGAGUGUAGAAUGACAGAGGGAGAGAGAACUCUGGCACCUCUCAGAUCUCGGCUGUGGCGAGGGCUCCUGGUUGAAGCACAUUCCUCAAGCAGCCAGCGACAGCGGGACAGUGCAGAGGAGAAGUCGCGACAUCCUUUAAAUCUCUUCGUGACCACAUAGGACUGCCUCUCACCUCCUCUCGGCUCACGCACUCCUCACACAGACACUUGCUAAGCUGCGUAACGCACCAGCCGCUCAACCAGCUCUGCUGCCCUGUCAGAAGUAAAGGAUUUCCCCGAUUGAGGCACAGGGACAGAAAGAAUAAAAAAAACUGAUUGAGGAAAAGAAAUUUAAAUCACUGAAGAGGCGGAAAGGCUUCUCUUUUACUCGAGUUAGUGCCAUGCAGUGGUAAGCUGAGGAAAGCCAAGCUGAACUGAUCUGCUCUGAAGACUUUCUUACCCUUCACCCUACCCUAUCAGUCCCAGAUGGAGCUCAAAGUGUGGGUGGAUGGAGUUGUGCGGGUUGUCUGCGGUCUGUCCGAGGAGACUUCCUGUCAGGAUGUGGUCAUUGCUCUAGCACAGGCCAUUGGUCAGACAGGCCGUUAUGUUCUUAUUCAGCGUCUGAGGGACUCAGAAAGGCAGCUGCUGGCCACAGAGAAGCCUCUGGAGUCUCUCGCAAAGUUAGGCCAACAUGGCAAUGAAGUUCAGUUCUUUCUACGUCGCACUGGCCCCAGCAGCAGUGAUGGACCUGGCUCAAAACAAGAGAGACCUAAUCCCCUUCCAUUGCCUAAGCAUCCUGAACCAGAGCCUUUGAAACGUAGCCAGCCUAAAAAAGCCCUGACCUUUAACUUGGGGCCUUCCAGCUCUCCUAAGACCAAGGCCAAACAAUUUAAGAGGUCUCCACAGGACUCUCCAGAGCAAAGAGCCUCCCCCUCUCCUUCAUCCAGCCCUCUGUCCCCUCAUAUGUCAUCCCCUUCUCCCUCACUACCUAUAGGCCCUUCAAAAGAUGAGGUAUUCAGGAAAGUUCUUCAGCAACAGGAGAGACUAAGGGCCAUUGAGGCCCAGCUAGAAGCCCUAGAGAGGGAGUCACACACCUGGGAGCGUCCCUACCCAUCUCCAUGUCCCUCACCUGUUUCUGAUGCUCGUUUGCAAGACGAGAUGGACGCUUUGGAGCAAGCGAUGCGAAGGAACCAGGCAGAGCUUGCACAUGAGCAGUACUGGGAGGAGGAGUUAAAAGCCGAGGUAGAAAGCGAGCGAGGAAUGCGAAGGAAGCUUGGAGAGCUCCAUACAAAGCUAGAUGACUGUGGACGGCGGCUCCAUGAAUUCUCAGUUCGCUCUGCUCAGCUGGAGGAAGAGAUCCAGCGGGAAACCCAGACACAAGGGAAAGCCACAGGACCUGAGGAGUCGUUUGACGUUGUAAGGGAAGAGUUACAAAGUCAAGAGAGACAUGGGACAGAGCUAGAGGAACAGCUAUCUGAGACUGACAAGGCUCUGGAGAAAGCAGAGUCUCUGUUGCAGGACAAACAGGAUGAGCUGGAGGAACUGAAUAAGGAGCUGAGGCAGUGUAACCUGCAGCAGUUUAUUCAACAGGCGGGUGUCCUGCCUGUUCAAACCAACUCACGCACAGAGCUUCAGGAGCAACUGGAGCAAUUUCUACAGGAUGGAUACAGGGAUGGAAAUCAGGGUGUAACUCCAUUUGAAUCUCCACCUCGUCCUACUGCAAAGCAGUUCCUGGGACAUCCACGCAACCUUCAAAACCCUCUAGUGUCCAGCCUCAACCCUGAGGUCCUGACAUCCCGAGACUCGUCAUGGAGAUAAAACAUGGACCGCAGGGCCAAGGAAAAGUUGUUCACUGUUCUGUCACCAUCACCUCUUAUUUAACCCUUUCCUUUGUAACGCUCAUUUAUUUUUUCAAUAUACCACAAUAUAUAUAUAUAUAUAUAUAUGUAUAUAAAUAAGACAAAUAUAUUUACAGAGUUUUCCUACUGUAAACACUGCAGAGUAUCUGUAUGAAAUGUAAAAUAAUUAGGACCCUUUGACCUAGAGAAAUUAUUGCAAUAACGAUGUAUUUAAAUAUAAUAAAAUGUCCACAGUGUUUUAGAUAAA